CACUUGGCCAUAUAAUAAAUUUGGCGCAGUCGGUAGGAUAAGUGCAUAAGAAAGUCGAAGUAAUAACGUGUAGGCUCCGGAAAAGGAAACAAAUCGCCAAAAGACGAAGCAGACACGGAAACUGAAGGUUUUAAAUAAAUACUUCGCCGGACCUUAUAAUGAAGCACGCAGUUUAUAUUGCAUUAUUGUAGUAAUAUAAAAAAUCAUUAUGGAUAUUCAACAGACUUCCGAAAAAGAUACCACGACGCUUAUGAAUAAAUAUAACUUCGUGAAACCAGUCACCGUAACUGUUAUUUAUGAAGAAGAUGAAGAAAAAGUGAAAGAGAUUAAUAUCGGUGAAAGAAAUGUUCAAAAUAUGCCAAAUCAAGAAGUAGAUCCGUUGAAACCAACCCCUUCAAGAAAGGCUGCUACAGCUACAUCAGAAUACGCAAAAUAUGAAGAAACAGAUAAUUAUAAUAUGCUACUCAAAGUAGCACAAAAUAUGUCUAACAUAGUUGAAGCAUACAAUAAGUAUAUACAAUGCCUUAAGCGAAACGAAAAGGAAGCAGUUCAUAUAUUAAAAUUUAAUUAUAUCCAUACUAAAUCUCAAAAUUAUAGGCGGUCAUUUGAAGUGGCAAUUCGAUUACUGUUACCACACAAAACAAAUGAACGUCUUAGACAAUUUUUGGUACAAAAAGUAAUUGAGAUAUCAAAAGUAAAAAUCGACUCCAAAUAUGUAGAAGGGCUCUGCAAUGAUUUAAUAUUUUGGACUGAAGAAAUGAUAGAUAACAUUUCAGCUCAAAGUAAAUUCGAUAAAACCCAAAAGGUUUCCAACAAUUUAAAAAGAAAAUCCAAUCAAGUAAAUGUUUCAAAAGAAAGCAAAGUCACAAUAUUUUCAGCUGGACAGAAAGGAAAUGAAGUAAUUCUAAGCGUUGAUGCACUAUACUUACAUACAGCUUUGCAGAAAGAUGACAGUAAUAAACGUACAAAUUGCCGAAAUGAAACGUCAAUGCCAGAACUAAACGUAUCUUCUACAUCUAUAAACACCACGUCCAGCAGUGAAUUAAAGAAUCCUCUGCAGGCUGACACGCAAAGUAAUUCACAAAAACAUUAUGCAAGCCAAAGCAAAAGCUUUAACAAUGUUAACUUAAGCAAUAUGAAUAACCUAGAAAAUUCGUUUUAUAAGUCAAUACCAAAAUCCUGUGCAACAAAUGAUGCAAAUCCUUUAAUUAGAAGACAUGCAAAAUUAGAUACUAGUAAUAGAAUUUCAUCCCAACAUAACAGUACAACUGUCAACAACCGCGCAAAUCAAGAACAAGAUACCAUGUCAAGAGAAAAUGGCAAGAGUUCUCUUUCCUUCCAAGCUCUAAUGGAUCAGAUGAACUCUGCCCUCUACCCUCAAAGUUCUAAGACAGGACAAAGAGCUUCAAAUCAAAGCAGCAAACUUAAUUUUUUACCAACAUAUAGUACAAACAAUGCUGUAACGCACAAUAAUAAAAACACUACAGCGAGCCAAUAUGAAGUAGAAAAAAUUAAUCAAAAUAUUCUUCCAGCUCAAAAUACUACUUUAGGCAAUAUGGCAAAUUAUCCCUCCAGUAUGCCUCUACAGUAUAAUACUAGGACAAGUAAUGUAACUCAAACAACAAACUUACAUUGCGGUAUGAUUACCGUAAAUAGUCAUAUUAAUCAAAAUUAUGAAAACCGUAAUUUUACUAAUACAUUACCUGGUUAUCAACAAAAUUAUUGCAACAACUAUAUGAUGGAUCGAAGACAACAAACCAAUCAGCAGUACAUGCUUCAAAACACCAUUUCAAGAGACAUUAGUUUCAUGACACCAGUUACGUACAAUCCUUCACCUCCACAAAUGAACCUUGCCGCCUUCCAAGAUCGUCCAAAUUGGUUCAACAUUUAACAAACGUGGGUGCCGAACAUUUAGACUAUAAUAUAAAUAAAGAUCGUUUUAUUCUUGCUAUUAAAAAAAUGAUUCUAAAGGAAAUACGUCAAAAUGGAAUGGACUUGACCACUUCAAACACUUGAAUAAGUAACGUUCAACCUUCACAUGUUAAAUUUUAUUUUAUUAUUAACUACUUGUCGCCCGCGACACCG